UCGGGACUUUCCUGUCAAGUUCAUCUCGACAAAGACAAGCGUGCAUGCAUAUACGAAGAUGUCGACGAAAUCAAUUAGGGUAUGAAGUUCGUGUUUUUGACAGAAUAGACGUUUCGAAUGUGGACGUCGAGCCGCUGUUCUCACGUUGCGAAAGCCUUUUCGCUCGCCUGCUGUGCAUGACACCUCUGCCCUCCCUUGCGUCCUCGUCGUCGAAGUGCAGGACUUCGUUUCGGCCGCCUUCCACUUUCAAGGAAGACGAAUGAAAACUCAUUUUAUGAAACUGGAGUGGCGCUGCUCUUUCUGUGCGCAGCUUUGUCUCUGCAAGUGAGGUUUCCCGCCCUCGUCGGAUAAGAUAUUCACUGAAUGCCGAGGAGAUUCUCUAGCAUCGACCGGCUCUCCCUUUUAUGCCCUGUUGUGGCUUUUUCGGCGAGGGAGCAGGAGAAGACCGGGAAAAACUCGGACGAGUCUCCGCCGCCUUUCCUCUUGGAUCGACGGCGAACUUCUUUCGUAGUUUACGUCCCUUUGGUGGAAACAUCUUGCAGUCAAGACUUCUGCGAAUCGAGUGCUUCGUCGAUUUUCAGUUCUGUCCAGAGGAACACAAGGCUGCCGACAAUGGCAAGACGACUCGGUCAAAUUCUCAGCGACAUUUUCAUCAUCCGGCCAACUGGAUUAACUAAAGUCCAGUCUUGGAUCACGUACGCCUCUGUGACCUACUUGGGGUACAUAUGGUACGCGGAUGGGCGCUGUCCUUUCCUUUUGUCGAAGGAGAAAAGCCGAGAGGCGCCUCUUUCAGAAGACGCAGCGCAGCUUGUCAAAGACCCUGCUGAAGAACGACUGAUACGCGAACUCGGCGUCACAACCUUCAGAGAGUGGAAGAAGUGUGGGUUUAUCCCCGACAGUCCUGCACGGACGACGAAGGACGCAAGUACUGGGGAAAAGACGCAUGGUUAAGGAUUUCGGAGCAGAGAUUGGAUCGCCAGAGAGACGCAGCGCGUUCGUUCUUGUAUUGCGAGAAUCGCCUGUCGUUCUUUCGCCUGUGUCGCUCAAAGGUUCAGAAACGCAGAACUUUCACUUUCCAGCCACUGGGGAGUUGCGGGUGUGAGCCUCAGCUUUUCGUCGGCGGUGAAUGAAGGUCCGCUGCUUUCGUUUUACGUAGCGCAUAUAAGUGCGACAUGUGAGGAAAGGCGAACGCAGCUGCAGAGAUUCUUUUCAAGGUUGAACAGACGCACAGUCGAUGGCGGGGACCACGAGUUCUCUGGCUUGUCGAAAAAACACCGGACUUCCGUGCGACAUUCAGCCAUCGAGAGUCAGCUGCCCUUGGGACCCCGUGUCGCUUGCUCUCGGCCGUCACGGCUUGUCUUCUGACUCUUUCGGUCGAACUUCCUGUUCGCAAGUGUGUUCAUCGAGCGAAACUUCCGACGGCAACAUAGAGGGGAACAGAUGGAAGAAGUCCUAAUCACCAGGCGGGGAACCGCGUUUCAGAAAAGGUCGCGACGGUCGACUCGUUCGUUGUUUGACGGAGCAGACUGUGUGUACUGAAAGACUCUCAAGUUGCAGCCGUCAACUAGAUCGUCUGUGUAACCCACCAUCGUUUUCUCUUUAGCGGGCAGAGGAUGUGAGGCGCAUUAACGAAUGAUCUUGUAAAGGACCACACACCACCUUCAUUGUGAGCAAAAACGAGUGUAGAAAGCACACGGGUUACGGAGCCUGGCUUCCCGUCUCCCUGCUACAACACAACAGGCCCAAUGACUCACAGAGGGUGAGAAUCUGGUCUCAUGAAA